AUGCCACCAAAGCGCAAGGCGGCCGCUAUCAAAGACGAGUCCAAGUCAGCCCCCAAAAAGAGGAAGGCCGCCAACGGAAGCUCCAGCGACGCAAUGCCUCUUGCUGAGCGUACCGCCAUCUCCUCGCUGAAGAAGGCAAUGUACAUCGGCGCUCAUGUCAGUGCCGCAGGAGGUGCCCAGAAUUCAGUAACGAACGCUAUCCAAAUUGGCGCCAACUCGUUUUCCCUCUUUCUCAAGUCCCAGCGAAAAUGGGACAACCCUCCCAUAUCCAAAGAAUCCAAAGACCUCUUCAUCAGCCAAUGCAAAGAGCACGGAUAUAGUGCUGGAGAGCACACCAUCCCCCAUGGAUCCUACCUAGUCAACCUCGCGCAAGCAGACAAAGAAAAGGCUACCCAGGCUUACAACGGCUUCCUGGACGAUUUGCAGCGGUGCGAGCAGCUGGGAAUAAAGCUUUACAACUUCCACCCGGGUAAUACCGGCGGCGAUACGAAGAAGGCAGCUUGUGCGCGCAUCGCGGCGCAACUGAACAAGUCCCACAAGGCGACCACCAGCGUCAUCACGGUAUUGGAGAACAUGGCCGGCGCUGGAAACGUCGUCGGCUCGACGUGGGAGGAUCUCAGGGACAUCAUCGAGUUGGUGGAUGACAAGGAGCGCGUGGGCGUUUGCAUCGACACCUGCCACGCUUUCGCGGCGGGUCAUGACCUGCGGACACCAGAGACUUUCAAGGCUACCAUGGAUGCUUUCAACAAAAUCGUUGGCGCCAAGUACUUGAAGGCAUUUCAUCUGAACGACAGCAAAGCUCCCUUUGAGUCCAACAGAGACCUUCACGCAAACAUCGGCACCGGGUUCCUCGGACUCGGGGCAUUCCACAGCAUUAUGAAUGACGACUCAUUCUGCAAUAUGCCAAUGGUGCUGGAAACGCCCAUCGACAAGAAAGAUGAGAAGGGUAAGACCAUCGAAGAUAAACAAGUCUGGGCCGACGAGAUCAAGCUUUUGGAAAGUUUGAUUGGCAUGGACAGAGAUAGUAAGGAGUUCACUGAGCUUGAGAUAGAGCUGCAAGCCAAAGGUGCCAGUGAACGAGCCAAGAUCCAGGACCAGGUGGAUAGGAAAAAUGAAAAAGAUGCUAAGAAAGGCACAAAGAAGAGGAAGGCUUGA